AUGGUUGUCGCAGUGAGCAGGAAAAGGAACAGGAACGAGAGGCCCCAGUAUGGGGAACUCCACUCGUCGGACGUGUCCGAUUACGAUGAGGUGGAGGAGUCUGAUUACGAGUCUGAGGACGAUCAGCCUCGUAAGAAACAUACCAAGAGUACCGUUCAACGCCCACAACAAGUAUUGGAAAGUGAAGAAAACUCUUUGUUCAAAGCGUUGUCGAGCCCGGUUGUGGCCGUAUCAGAAUUGGCACUCGAGUGGGUUGAAUCAUACAUGGCGGAGGAAGACACCGAAGGCGUGAACUCAUUCAUGAACAUGUUCAAUCUUCUUUUAAAAGCUGUGGGAUGCAACGUUCCAGUUCAAGCUCAUGAUAUUAUCAGCCCCGACUCGGCAGUUGCAACUGUGAACGAGCUUAGUAUUCACUUCGAAAAGCAGAAAUACCAUGAGAAUCCAUUUGCCUCAAACAACAAGGAUGUGAAACAUUUCCAGAAGAACGUUUUGGAAUUUUUCAGUGAAGUUAUCUUUUAUGCCCACGAAAAAGGCUGCUUAUAUCAAGAGCUCAUAGACGAGGGCCAGACUGUUCUCUCAUCAGACUUCAUGACGUCUUUAAUACUGUGGUUCAGUGCCCUCAGUGCUAGUAAUUUGAGACCCUUUCGUCAUGUGGCGACUGUUGUGACACUAAAUAUAGUCACUCAACUAUGCCACCAGGCCGCUUCUCUUGAGGUGUCUCUUGAAAGGCAGGAAAGACAGUUGAACAAUGCAAAGAAUAGCAGCAAUAAGUCUAAACUGAAGCGCCUGAAAAUUGAGGUAAUCCAGAAUAACAUUGACAGAACAAACAUCAAGAUAGGUACUAUUAAUGAGUAUUUGGAUGAGGUUACAAGAUCUGUGUUUGUUCAUCGUUAUAGAGAUCUCGACAGCACAAUCAGAGUCGAAUGUUUACACGCGUUGGGCGACUGGAUGGUUUCCAACCCUGCUUACUUUCUUCUGUCGGCGUACUUGCGCUAUUUCGGCUGGCUUUUAUCAGACCCAACAGAUGCCGUCAGGGACGAGGUUGUGAGGUCUCUCCAUCGCCUAUACAAAUUUCUGAAAGGGUCUAUUGAGAAUAUGGCCUUCAGCUUCAGAAAAUUCACGAAGCGUUUCCAACAGCAACUCAUCAAUAUGAUUUGGAAAGAAAACUUGGCAAGUAUCAAGAUUAAUCUUUUUGCAAUUUACUCCGAGCUUUUGAAAAUCGGUUUCCUUCUGGAUUCAGAUAAAAGUCGAAUUUGUUCGUACGUUUUUUAUCUUGCAGAAUCAGAACUUCAUCAUAAACAAGUCGGCACCAAACUUAAAGCUGAAUGCAGCCGAUUUAUUACCAUAGCAUGUAUUCAGGCCACUGAAUCUACCGUUGACAAACAUUCCAAGUAUUUCCAGAAGUCAUCGGGACCCAUCAACACCAAUAACAUAGCUGGUGUUUAUAAGCUCAAGUACCUCGCUGCAUUUUUCCAAGAGUCAAUAGAUGAGUAUUCGACGAAGCGCCCUCAUUUAUUCAUUGACGAACCGAGUGUGAGCUCAUGGAAGAUGCUUAAAGGUGUUUUUACGGAUUUGCAAAUCAUGCCCGAAUGGGCUGGUGAGUGGGAGUUGAUUGUGAAAUACUUAUUCUUCGAUACAUCAGCAUUAAUUGUCGAAGGUGCAUCAGAUAAGGAGACAGCCUCUAUAAGAGAUAGCCUAGAACUAUCUCUGAAGGACCAGCAAUUUUUUGUUUCAUUUUUGUCGGGCAGCGUCGAUUCUUCGUUAAACGGCAAAUCUCGCAAGGGGUUGGACACAUCCGAAGAUUCACCCGUCAACAUGGUACCCAAAUUAGCCUGUCAUUUAGCAGAUCUUGAGGAUUUACUGAGUAAGGUAACCUCGAUGUAUCCUGUUUUUCUCAGAAUCUGGAAUGACUUGCUAGGCUUCAAAUCCGAAUCAAUCCAGGCCGUGUAUGAGCACUCCAAUAGCAUCGAUACCUACAACCUGUUGCAUGGUAGAGUGCUUCAAUACUUUUUGGAAUGCCAGGAAAUGUCAUAUGAUCUUGUUGAGCUUUACAAAGAGUACUUUUCUCUUCUACUAACAUCGUCAGACGAACGCGGACAAAAUUCCAGCAAUGGGGAUACCAAUCAACUUAUCAAUCCUAACGUUUAUCUUAAGAUUGAAGAUACUAUUUUAGCUCUCCUGACAGAAAUAAUGGAGGAUUUAAGUUCAAAAGGAUCAUCGCAUGAUGUUUUUGAAGCAACUCUGGAACAAGAUGAUCCUUUUGUCUGUGAUCAAAAAGAUCUUUGCAACACCUUGAUUGAGAUAUCGAACCCUGUUAAGAAACUCAACAUAAUAGGAGAUAUAAUCAGCAUUAUCAGAUCGGUUGGAGAGCCUCUACUUGACUAUCCCGGCAGUUUACUUGAACUGCUUUCAGUUAAACUACUUUCGAAGUUUAGUUUCCAAACCCUCGUGAAGCUCUGGCCUCGUAACUUGUCCAAGGUAAUUAAGGAUGUAAGUGAAGCCUGGAGUUCGAUACUAGAUUUCGGUCUCAUUUGCCUCUGCUGGAAGCUAGAAGAUCUUAUGUAUUCAUUGAAUGAUGGCACAGCGGAGACUAUCAAUGUUGAUAUCUUCAUGGAUGAUAUGUGUGGUAUCUUCGUUAAUGUUGUUGACUGCUUCAGCUCGUUAAACGAGGUAGUAUUCGAUCCUGAGGAAUUGCCAGGUCUAAGCGAAGACACUAAGUCCUUGAAGAUUGAACUCGCUGAAUUUCUUCACAUGUUCGGGACUAAAAUAGCCGAUUUCGCCACGUCGCUUAAAGCGUUCUAUGAUCGGACGAAACCAAUUCACCGCUUUAGAGACUUCGAUGCUAUGUUUUGCACUUCGGAAAAACUCGGGCCAUUCGUUAACGGCGAGCUUCCAAAGAAUUUGGAAGAUGCGUUGAUGAAUGUCUUCUUAAUAAGAGAAGCAAAGCUUGGCUACCUUUUGGGUGAAGACUUAGAGAGGCUUGAUAACGAGAAUGUCAACUUGGAAGAAUUUUCAGAGGAGCACGAUGAAGUUCAAGAAGACACUUCACCGCAGGAGGUCGUCACCAGAUUUGACACUAGUGACGAGGAAGAUAAUGAAGAGGACGAAGUUAGGGUCGCUAGGGAAACCGCUGAAAGAGAAGCCAGACUGAACGCAAGAUCGUCCAUGCUCAAGUUUAAACUGGACCGAAAAAUUUGGACGCAAGAAAAAUUGCUAUCUGUCUAUUCGAUGAAGCUUCUAGGACUUAUCAAGGCAAAUUCGUUAUCGUCUCAUUCUACGGAACGUUUCAAGCUUAAUGGCCAGAAGCUUGGGCAAACUUUCGGCACUAUCGUUUCCAUGAUGAGCAGCCCUGACCAGGUCAAUAGAGAAAGCGGCUCAUUUGAAGCUACUGAAGAGCAAUCUGCGGUUGUUUCAUAA